CGAGAUAUUCACCGAGCGCUCACCCACCGCCGCCACCUCCGCGCUUCCCAAUCGCUACGUCUCAAAGUGUUUUGACUGUAUUAGAUUUUGGCGCUGAAUUGCAGUUUGCUUUUAUGGCUUGAUAUAAAACGCGUUGUUCUGAUUGGGGGCGUGUCUCCAAGCGCGAUCCGUAGGACACAUUUCUUUUCCAUCUGUUAUCCGGGGACACUUUUAACAAGGAUAUUCGGACUACAUGAAUCGGUCAAAGAGACGCACCUGUCUCUGGGUAAUGUAGUACGUAGAUUAAACGGCGUUCGCAACAUGUAGAUACGUGCGCGAUAUUUUCUCUCUCUGUGAGGGUUUAUAGCAGCGCUCUUUCAGUUCCCUUUUCUACUGAAGCUGUACGGGCCCGUCUCAUCUCACGAUAUCCUCAAACAUGGAGCACACCGGCUGCGUCAACAUCUGCAGUCUCACCAGCACCUUACCGGUGAUCCCGUAUCGGAAACUAACGGACCUGCACUACAUCAGCAAGGGAGGCUUCGGGACCGUGUUCAGGGCGCAGCACAGCGACUGGCGCACCACCGUGGCGAUCAAGUGCUUAAAACUGGAUUCACCGGUUGGUGAGAGGGAAAGGAAUUGCUUAUUGAAGGAAGCUGAGGUGCUUCACAAAGCUCGAUUUAACCACAUCAUCCAGAUCUUUGGGGUGUGUAAUGAGCCUGAGUUUUUCUGCAUUGUGACCGAGUACAUGACCAACGGAUCACUGGAUGAGCUCCUGCAUGAGAAAGAUAUGUACCCAUUGGUGGCCUGGCCAUUGAGGCUGCGCGUUCUUUAUGAGAUCGCUUUGGGAGUAAACUUCCUCCACAACAUGACUCCACCCCUUCUACACCACGAUCUUAAAACUCAGAACAUCCUGAUGGAUGGGGAGUACCAUGUUAAGAUAGCUGAUUUUGGCUUAUCUAAAUGGCGCCAGCUCUCGAUCACUAAAGGGUCUGGCUCUAAACCUGCCGAAAUGGGAGGCACAGUCAUCUACAUGCCACCCGAAGAGUACGAACCGUCCAAGAACCGCAGAGCUGAUGUCAAAUACGACAUGUACAGUUACGCCAUCAUCAUGUGGGAAGUACUUUCGAGACGGAUACCAUAUGAAGAGGCCACCAAUCCCAUGCAGAUCAUGUUCAGCGUUCUCCGCGGAUCUCGACCCGACACGGGCCUGGACAGCCUGCCAGUGGACAUCCCCAGCCGAGAGACCCUCAUUAACCUCAUGACCUGCGGCUGGACCACCAACCCAGAUGAACGGCCCUCCUUUCUCAAUUGUCUUAUUGAACUGGAGCCCAUGAUGAGAAGAUUUGAUGAAAUUGAUUUCUUAGAAGCAGUGUUGGAAGUCAAACGAAGUAAGUAUAUGAGGACAUCAAGCUGCUGCUCAUCGACUCAAACAAACGAAAAAAGAAUCGAGGAAAAAAUCGUGAAGGAGCAAAAUGUCCCUUGGACAGACAACAGUUCUACAUCUGGAUCAGGAUCUGGAUCAUCUUUCCAGGAAGCAGAAAUAUCUAAUCCGGGAUUCCUUACCAUAUCAAAUCCCUCUCAAGGUGUGUCAGGUGCUCAGGCUGGUCCGCAGGCAUCAUUAAUAUCCCUUCCGCUCGAUCCUCCAAAGCCUCUUGUGGACCACUGCUCUCGGAACAACCUCAGUCCCGAAUACCAGACGGCGCAGGCCAUAUCCGACCUCAAUAUACCCUGCAAACCGCAUGCUCCUCAGAGCGAAAGCGACCUGGCUCUUGCCAUACAACCCCUCACGCUGCAGACACACCCACAAGAUUUUGUCAUGGCAUCAGAAACUCAAGGUGCGGCGGCUCGCUGGAUUGCUGCCCGAAGGGAGGAAAUCGUGCGGCAGAUGACUGAGGCGUGUCUCAAUCAGAGUUUAGACGCUCUGUUGUCUCGUGAGCUGCUGAUGUGCGAGGACUAUGAACUGGUCAUGAACCAGCCCACGCGUACCGCCAAAGUAAGGAAGCUUCUGGACACUUGCGAGCGGCACAACGAAGACUUCUGCCGCGUGGUGGUGAAGAAGCUCCAGGGCAACAGACAGAUGGGCCUGUAUCCCUACCCCGACCUCAGCACCACCAGCCCUCCGCCGCCACCUUACACCGCCCCCAGCGCUCCCUUCCUUUCCAACUCCUUCAACAACACACAAAACUUCUGACCAGCUCCCAAUCACUGCUCUUGAACUGAACCUCAGCGAGUACGUCUUGCAGUUAAGAAUGGUUCCUAUUCACACGCUCUUAUAUUUGUUUGUGCUGCCUGGCCGAUACUUUGUGUGCCUGGACAAGUGCUUUUUCCCCCUUGGUUAAGGUGUUGGUGCCUAUGACACACUUUUUACGGUAUCGACUGGGGCCGACUGUGAUGAAAUAAUCACUUGGCUUGACGUAAUGCAUAAAUCCUUGAUGAAAGGGACGCAAAUUUAAGCAUUGCGGUGGUUUGACUUUGUCACGUUUAAACCUUUAUUCCAGCCAUCAAAAGAAUCUGUUUGCUGCUACUCGGAAUAGCAGUGAAGCACCUAAGCAAUCAAUCCUGCACUUUUUUUCAUGCCAGCAAACUUAGUAAAAUAGAAGACUUGACGUAACCUUAUGAUAAAAAAAACACACCCACCUGUAAUGCCAAGUAACGUCCAUAUUACUGCACAGUUACAUGUCUGGACUUGACGAAAAUUCACAUGAAUCAGUGGUUUCGUUCUUCCUCGUUUUAGUUUAGUGGCACUCAGAGCGAGGGCUGCUGGUUGUUAUGCUUUGUGUUGAAUGUUGUGUCAGGGUUGGUGGACAGAUGCAGACCUUAGUCGGGGUAGAAGCAGUUAAGGCUUUGAUGAUUUGAAAGUUACAUUGCAUUCAGUGGGUUUAGUCAACAAAUACAUCUUGAGAAUUAGACAGGAUGUUGAACAUCACUUUCUGUAUCACUGUGUAUCAUGGCUUUUUUUAUUUGCAUUACUUUAAAUAAGAAGUUCAAAAUAAAAGUCCAUUGGUGGUUUGGCCAUGCAGGGAUUGUCUGUCAGCAUCUCCCUCAUGCCUUUCCAAACCUGUAUUACUCUCUUUUGGAGAACAUUUUUAUCGGUGGGAUUCAGUGUUUGCACUUUCGUUGUACAAAUUGUCUUAGGAAGAAAGAAACCUAUUAUUAAGACUUAAGAGUGAUUAAACGAUGACUUGCAGUUUCACUUAAAAAUGAAAAUGAUUUCGGUUUUCGUCCUUUAAACUACGCCGAGUGCCAAAAGAAAAACUAUUUUUUUCAUUGAACUAAUCGGAUGUCAUUCUUUUCUUGCUGACUACUGUAGCAUCCUGUUCAUAAGCAAUAUCCGACAACACAUACGAUGAAGCCAAAUCAAUACAGGCUAAAUAGGGCAGCACACUGGAGUCUGUAAUGAUAGAGUUCACACAAACUGGCUGGGGCCAAUUUUACUUACGAGGCUUUCCUUCUCUCUUGUUUUUGUUGUUAUUUAAUCAGAAUUGCCAAAUUUUCAGUUUUACAGUUGUGAAUGUAUAUCUCGCUGUUGUAACGUCAUAACACGCGUUUGCGAGUUAAUAAGUCAGAAGAUAAGUGUGAGAGAUAAACACGCAAUUCUGAGAGCAGUCUUUUUUUCCUUUUUUUUUCUCAAAAUUACGAUUUUGAGUUUGUCUCAAAAUCCUGAGGUAAAAAGGUGUUCACACUCGAGCUUAGAUAAGCGUCUUGGAUAAGUUCUUAAGUAUUGUGCCAUCUACAGCAUGUAGCCUAGUUUGCACCGGUUAUCAUUGACUCCAGAUGUAGCAGCAGACAGAGGACCGUUUACAAUACUUUUAAUACCUAAAAUAGCGUGAAGCAACCGUGUUGACUAUACUGAUGUUUACAUCACAUUUGGGUAGACUUCAAGAAAUGCUACUGGCGAGACGCUUUUAUCAAGAAACAAAUAGCAUCGAGUUUAUACAACCGUCUCGGUUUAGACCAGCAGUUUUUGCCAUGUUGUUCGAAGUUUUGAUUUCCAAUGUUAAUUAUGCUUCCUAUGUUUUACGUUAUUUAGAAACUAAACCAAAGGGAAUGCCUAGAGCUAGCACUGUAAAUAUCAUCUCGAACUGAUCUUUAAGCAGAACGCAAACUGAAAUUCAUGACGCUGAAUUAAAUUUGUGCCGAUGCUUUGAUCUCUUUUGCUUGCCCGACGAGCCAGUCACGUGCUUGAUUAUAUGAAGCGUUCGAUAAGUGUUUUGUUUUCUCUUAUUUGGUGUUUUCAGGCGUUGAACUCCUGGGUUUUGCAUGCGUCUGCGCUGUAGACUUCCCGUCUGUGCAAGCAGACAUUGUUUUAGAGGCCUUAUCGUUACAGAGGUGAUGUAUUUUCCGUAGACCGAUUACGUUAGUACUCUGGAAUGCACUGAAAUUGGUUGUUUUGUGUUUCCUUUUCUAAAUCGGUCAUGCUGUAGUUUUGGACUUUAUUUCGGUGCGCGUCGGAAACCAGUAUUGCUGUUGGUGUUUGAUGUUACUGACUUGUUUUUAACGCAAGAAGCAGAUUUGCAGUUAAUAUUUUCUUUAUUUGAGCAGAAAGGAACAGCCUUUUUAUGAAAGUUUUGGGGUUUUUUUUAUGUUGACUGUCUAAGGUUUGGGACCAUUUACUAUAUAAAGAAGAGUAUUUGUGGUCUGUUAUUGUUUUGUAUUUAUUUAUAGAGUUUCUUGGUAAUAAUUUACAUGCAUUUUAAGUGGUUUGUAAUGUUUUUGUUUGGUUUUUUUGAUAUAUAAUUUUGCUUUUAAGUGCGGUGCCAAUCCAGUGAUGCUAUGAGGCUAAAUGCAUCUAUUGAUUAUUCAGAGGCUUAAUAUAUUUUAGCACUCAUCUCAGCAAUAUAUCAGACUAAUACUGAACUGCCUAAUGGGCUUGUUGGGUCUGGAUGCAGAAAAUGUUGCAUUUUUGUUCAUAUCAAAUUUAAAAUCACUCAUUUUGUUGUAAAUUAUUAGUACUGCUAUCAAUGUUAGAUUUUUUUUUUUAUUAUUAUUAUUAUUUUUUUAAAGCUCUUAGACUUAAGAUCUUAAAUGGCUUGUCCUCUAAUAUAAAUGAUAAUAAUGUAUAGCAUAUGUAGCAGUGUACAAGUAGCAUACAUCUGUGCUCUGGUACUAUGUGAGGAAUUUCCACAAAAAUGAUCAAUUUUGAAGUGUUAAUUAAAAUGUGUAGAAUUUCCUGAA